AUGUCACCUCCAGCAACAACAACAAGUACAUCAACGAAGAUGAACGGUGAUGGACAAAGUCCUAAUGAAAAUGAUUUAUCAUCAACAGAUAAAAAUUCCUUAAUAACAAUAUCUCCAUUAAAUAAAAUUGAAAAAGUUAUUGUUCAUCCACUUGUACUAUUAAGUGUUGUGGAUCAUUUUAAUCGUAUGGGAAAAAUUGGAAAUUCUCAACGUGUUUGCGGAGUAUUACUUGGUUCACUUAAAAAUAAAAUUCUUGAUGUUUCAAAUAGUUUUGCAUUACCAUUUGAUGAAGAAGAAAAAGAAAAAGAAGUUUGGUUUCUUGAUCAUGAAUAUUUGGAAAAUAUGUAUACUAUGUUUAGAAAAGUUAAUGCUCGAGAACGUAUUGUUGGAUGGUAUCAUACAGGUCCAAAAUUACAUCGAAAUGAUAUAACAAUUAAUGAAUUAAUUCGAGAAUAUCAUCCUGAUUCCGUUCUUGUUAUUAUUGAUGCUAAACCAAAAGAUUUAGGUUUACCUACUGAAGCAUACAUUGCUGUUGAAGAAAUUCAUGAUGAUGGAAGUCCAGCUUCGAAAACAUUUGAACAUUUACCGUCAGAAAUUGGUGCAGAAGAAGCAGAAGAAGUUGGAGUUGAACAUCUUCUUCGUGAUAUUCGUAAUGCAACUGUUGGUACACUUUCACAACGUAUUACAAAUCAAUUAAUGGGUCUUAAAGGUUUAACAAAAAGUUUAUAUGAUGUUCGUGCUUAUCUCGAUAAAUUAUUAGCAAAUAAAUUACCAAUGAAUCAUCAAAUUUUAUCCCAUAUUCAAGAUAUAUUUAAUUUAUUACCUGAUGUAACACAACAAGAUUUAAUAAAAUCAAUAUAUGUUAAAACAAACGAUGAAAUGUUACUUGUUUAUCUUUCAUCAUUAAUUCGUUCAAUAAUAGCAUUACAUAAUUUAAUUAUGAAUAAAAUUCAAAAUUCCGAUGCAGAAAAAGUUGAUAAUACAACAACAACAACAACAGCAACAACUGUCGAUAAAAAAACUGAGAAAGGAAGUGGUGAUAAAUCAUCAACAACAACAACUGGCAAUUCUAGUUAA